AUGGGGUCACUUUUGGACAUUGAGGGAUUGGAUUGUCUAGAUUUCACCAUUCCCGAGGUGUCUAUCACCAUGGAUGAGGAUUCUCUUGUUCCUGAGACUACAGGGUCUUCAUUGUGGAGGAGAGGACAGGGGAAAAUCACAGUUCUCGGGAAACUGGAUCAUUUUGAGUCUUCACCCAAUUUCAUUGACACAUACAGAGAUAUGGUGAUGCCAAUUGUCCAAGCAUCGUCUUCAAAUGAUAAAACAUUAUCAUCAUCUAAGUUUGUGAAACAUUUGUUGAACUCCAUAAAAGGUGAUAAAAUUGAGAGACUUAAUCAAGUGAGAAAGUAUCUUUCCAAAUAUGAUUAUUUCGGUCCUUCCAAGGUUGGUCACUACCAAACGAGUAGUUUCACGGGGCAUGACUCACUGAUGUUGCAACCUUUGUCCGGCUACACUGAUCAAACUCUUAUCAAUCACAAGGUAAAGUUAGUUCGCGACUCCUUUAAAAGUGGUUCGUAUUACGUACUUGGAAAUACAAAAUGGUCCACAACUAACCUAACAUGGGCUUUAGAUUCCAAAGUGCGAUCCGAUGCUAUUAAUCCCAUUAGUUCUGCAUUUCAAAGUUGGGAAGCUGCCACAAACUUUAAAUUUGAAAAAAUUGAUAACUAUUCUGUUGCCAAUGUGAAAAUAAGGUUCACUCUUGGUUCCAUGUUCACGGAGAACCCGUUAUGUGUCGCUUACUCACAUUUUCCGCCUAAGGGAUUGAUCUAUUUCAAGUCUAGCAUUCCUUGGGGGGACGGAGCACGACCCGAAAAAAUGGACAUUGAAUCAGUUGCUUUGCAUGAGUUAGGACACGUUCUUGGUCUUAACCAUAGUAAUGUUCCUACGGCCGUAAUGUAUGAAUUUACAUAUUUGGGGGUUACAAAAAGAAACUUAGACGAUGAUGACAUUGCUGGAAUUAACGCAUUGUACAAUUUCCCUUAA